UGGUGCAAGUAGCCUAAGAUAUUCAGAGGACGUUCUUGAUUGGCAAUUAAUACUGUUCCGACACACAUUUACUUCCAGUUACCAACCCACCCUGCCACUCCAUUUAGUUUUCAACCAAUGGGGCCCAUUAGCAACGAGAGAGAGAGAGAGAAUUCCUGUUACAACCCAAUAGAUUAAAUUCGUGUUUCCUUAGUAAAUUACACUGAUGUAUUAGUUAUAUAUAUAGCAGAUUCUCUAGCUUUAGUAUCUUGCUCCAUUUGUCAAUAACCAUGUCAAAGAAAACCAUAGUGUCAGUGGAGCUGCUGUGUUCAAAGUGCAGGCUCAAGGUUAUGAAAUUGGUGGCCACCAUUGAAGGCAUUACUUCCAUUGUCCUUGACCCAUCAAAGAACACUGUGACAGUGAUUGGUGAAGCUGAUCCAGCAAAGAUCAUAAAGAAGGUGAGGAAGUUCAGAAAGUCUGCACACUUUGUGAGCAUCGGGCCUCCAAAAGAAGACAAGAAAGAUGAAAAGAAAUAUAGUAUGAUUCCUCAGACACCCAAGACUUGUCAGAGAUGUGUUUGGUAUGUAGUUGCAGAAGAUCGCUACCACAAUUACUGUUCGAUAAUGUAAGCAGGUGCCAUUUUCUUCAUCGUUCGAGGGGCAAUAAGAGCAAUGUUUUGUCGGGGAAAACAUGGAAAAGAAUUGUGUUCAUUGCUUGCGCCUUCCCUGGGUCUUGCUUCAACAUUGGACAUGAUAUAACAUGAAGACUACGACUAUCUAUCCAACCGUGAUUAUUCUUUCAGAACA